AUGGUCCACGCACCAAUGAACAACGCCACUGGAAUGCAGAGGUCUAUGCCCAGGGGCUACCCACCGUCUGCCAGCCAGGGUUACCCGAACGCCAGCCAGGGGUACCCAUCCACCAGUCAGGGCUACCCGGCCACCAGUCAGGGCUACCCAACUGUCGGCCAGGGUUACCCGGCCGCCAGCCAGGGCUACCCUGCUGCGGGUUACUCGGCCACCUCGCAGGGCUAUCCCGCCGCCUCGCAGGGCUACCCCACCGCCUCGCAAGGCUACCCCACUGCCUCUCAAGACCACCAGGCCAGCUCGCAGAGCUACCCUCCAAACCAGCAGGGCCACCCGAUGGCCGCCGCGGACGGGUUCGCUGCGGCAUCUCAGCCCUUCUCCGGUCCGACUGCCGCGUACCCUGGCGCGGCUCAGGGGUACCCGUACCCCGAGCCGUCUCAGGGCUACCCGGGGCAGACGCCACACGCUGGCUCUGCGUUCGGACCCAGCGCGCCUCUCAACGGACCCACGCACCACCAGCUCGGCAACAGCGGACAGCAGCUCCAGAGGCAGCAGCUGUCGCACGGCUUUCAAGCGUCGACGGCCGGUCGGCCGCCGCAGCCGCUGGGACCGCAGUUUGCCGCCCAGCAGCCGCAGCAGCUGCAGCUGGGCCCCUACCAGCGGGCCCAGGGCGUGGCCGAUGCGGCGCACAGCAUGGGGUCACCAUACCCGGCCGGCCAGGCGGCGACCAUGGCGGGCCAAGCACUGCCGACCUACCCGCCAGUCACCAUGGCGCCGGGCAUGCUGACGCAGGCGCCGCAGCACAUGAUGAACAGCGCCGGCCGGCCGCCGGCCAGCAGCGCCAGUCAGGGCCCGUCCAUCAGCGGCAUGCUGGCCGACUUCAGCCGCGCGCUCGGUCAGUACUGCUCACUCUGUGUACUGUGCCCAGUCAGCACAACCCGCUACGUCCGCCGCACCCGUUUCCACGCGCGCCUGAUCGAGCCGCUGUUCGUCUUCCCCUGA